AUGGUUGUGCAUAAUCCUAACAAUUGGCAUUGGGUCGACAAGAACUGUAUUGAUUGGGCCAAGAAAUACUUUGAGGAAAGACUAGUAGGCCUGGCUACCGGAGAAGCAACAGAGGCUUUAUAUGCGCGGAUAAGCAAGCUAUCAUCCUUGGAAGGUGACUGUGAGGUGAACCAGAGAAAGGGUAAAGUGAUCUCCUUGUUUGACUUGAAGUUGAAUUUGGGGAUCGAAGGUCACGUGAAUGAUGAAAAAUGGGAAGGAUCCAUCACUAUACCGGAGGUGGCCUUCGACUCGGACCCAGAAGACUACCAAUUCGAUAUUUCGAUCUUCAAAGAAAAUAGUAAGCUUUCUGAAAUCAAACCUGUUAUUCGUGAGAAGUUGAUUCCGCAAUUAAGGGACAUCUUUAGCAACUUUGGUAAAGAACUCUUACUGACCCACGCUAAUGACAUCCAAGUGUCGUCUGACAAGGUGACAUCUGAGUUCACCAAAUCCAAUCAGCAAUCGAGUUUCCAAAACGUCGCCUCAACUGGUACUCCACUGAAGAAAGAGUCUUCCAGCUCUUCAUCUGCGGCGGGUGGGAAGAAAUCGGAAACCUCUUCUUCAACUGGAGAUUCAUCUCAAAAGGCCUCUAACUCAAACACUCCAAAAUACAAUACUACAAAACUUCAUCUCGAGUCAUCAUUCCAAGUGCCAGCUGUCGAGCUCUACAACACUUUCAUUGAAAAACCAAGAAUCGAAGCAUGGUCGCGUUCUCCUAUUCAGCCAGAUCCAUCUAGCGGGAAACUAGGCAGUGGCUCUAAAUUAGAAUUAAACGAUACCUUCAAGCUAUUUGGUGGUAACAUCACCAUGAAACUUAUUUCUGGAGAACCAGGUAAGAAUUUAGUUUUCGAUUGGAGACUCAAUGAAUGGAAGCAAGGCCACUACAGCCAACUUUCUAUGGAGUUCCACGAAUCGCAAGAGUAUCACGAAACGAAACUCAUUGUCAAUUGGUCCGGAAUUCCAAUCGGUGAAGAAGAUAAAGCUAGAGGAAACUUCGAGGAGUACUACAUCAGAUCCAUUAAGUUGACUUUUGGGUUUGGCGCCAUUUUGUAA